AUCUGAUUACAUUCAUUCAGACCGAACACGGAGAGACAAAAACAAACACAAAUUGUAAGAGUUUUCUCGUUUUUGAGCUUAAAUAAAAGGUUCCAGAUUUCGUAAAAAAUUACCAUUUUUUUCCUUCGAAUUCAAGAAUAAUUUCAAGAUAUCAAUUUGGUGCUAAGUUUGUAAACAUGGCUGAUCAUUUGAGUUUAUGUACCGAUCGUCUCAUUACUUCUGAGAUGAAGAAAGAUUCUGAGUCUUCAGAUUCUUCUGGAGAAAGCUCUUCAAAGCCUCAAGGAACGGAUUUGGCUUCUUCUUCUUCAUCUGUGGAUGAAGCUGAUGAAGAAGAACCACUUCUCCUCCAAUCUGUUGAGUGCCGUAUUUGCCAGGAGGAAGAUACCACUAAGAACCUUGAGGCUCCUUGUGCUUGUAAUGGUAGUUUGAAGUAUGCUCAUCGCAAGUGUGUUCAGCGUUGGUGUAAUGAGAAAGGCGACAUAACCUGUGAGAUAUGCCACCAGCCUUAUCAACCUGGAUAUACAGCACCUCCGCCUCCUCCUCCUGAUGAAACGAUCAUUCACAUCGGUGAUGAUUGGGAGAACGGAGUGCCAUUGGACUUGACCGACCCGCGCAUUCUGGCAAUGGCUGCAGCAGAACGCCAUUUCUUGGAAGCUGACUAUGACGAGUAUUCUGAGUCUAACUCAAGCGGAGCUGCCUUUUGUCGCUCUGCUGCUCUCAUCCUCAUGGCACUUUUACUGUUACGAGAUGCGCUAAAUCUCACUACUAACUCAGAAGACGAGGACGACCCAACUGCCUUCUUCUCUCUUUUCCUUCUUCGUGCUGCUGGCUUCCUCCUCCCAUGUUACAUCAUGGCAUGGGCCAUCGGUAUACUACAACGACGUAGACAAAGACAGGAAGCAGCAGCUCUAGCUGCCGCAGAAGUUGCUUUCAUGAUACACGGUGGUGGUCCUCAACGCAGGGGACUGCACUUUGCUGUAGCGCCGGAGCCACCAAUAUCCAACGUCCCAACACCUGUCUGAACUUUCCUGGUAAUGAUUCUCCGGUAAGGCUAUUAUAGUUUGUAGUAUAUCCUUCUAUCUUAUAUCCUUCCUUGAACUUGGUUGUAAGAACUUCCAAACCUUCUAUGCUUUUACACAUGUUAUUAUCUUCAUCGUAUGUUUAUGUUAUUUGAAUCUGUUAAAUGUAUACUUUGGCUCUCAAAUGUUUUGAGACAGAGAGCUUUCACGGCACUAUGUAUAGUCUUAUUAUAUAUUAUGAUUUUUAUAAUUUUAAAUCAUC